AUGAAUUCGUCUACUUUGCCGUCGAAUAGUACUGAAGACGAACUAUUGCCCUUAUUUCCAUUCGAUGUGGAAAAUCCAGAUUUUGCCGAUAUAUUAACAAAUCUAGACCAUAUGCCGACCAGAACAGGUGAUACGCUUUUGGUUUUUUAUGUUGCUGCUGGUCAGUCAAAAGUUGGUGAUAUUCUUGCGAAUAUGAAGAUUUGGUCAAGACUACCUGAAGCAUUUCAUCAGUUCUUAAGUGGUAUCGGCUGUAUCAAAGAUAUUUCUGAUCAUUCAGGUUGGACAGGGAACCUUCAAACUAGCUAUCGUACAUCAAAUGGAUACUUUGUGACGGGUCACUGUAAUCAGACGAAAAAUAUACAUGCUGACCACUGUCCGGAUGGUAUUCAAUCAAUUAUAUACUAUGCUGAUGCAAUAACAGAAUUAGCAUGCAUUUGUCCCACUAAUCAAUUUUAUGGAAAUGACGAGAAUUCUGACUCAAACCGUUCGUUAAAGAGUACACGUUAUCGCACUGCUAGCGAAAUCAUAACUAACAUCACUCGUGGGACAAGUCAAAGUGCAGUAGGCAUGGGAGAAGUUGGGGCGGACCCGACUGGAGGUCGAGUGGCAGUUGUAUGGCUCGAACGAUGGGAAGAUGGACCUAUGCACUAUGAACCAGGAGUUGGAACGAACAUCCAGAAUAUGACGAGCAAGAAUUUUGACUGCCCUGUCACAAUUUAUGUUCAUCCUUUAAGUUCCGGAUUAUGCAGAGUUGGCAUUAUGCGUCUUCAAGGACGAACAUUUGAAGCUGGUCCAUUACAGAAUGGAUCUGUAUUAAGUCAGCGUUGUCUUAGUAGUUUUGUAAGACAAACUGUAAUAAACUUAUCACGACGACGUCGUUUGGCUUCCGACUCAUUUCAACCUCCUCAUGUUCGACGAAGCCAUGAAUUGUUCAGAUUGGCAGAAGCAAACCGUAAAAUUGUUCGAGUUCAGCCAUCAUCAUCUGGCAAUAAAACUAAUACAUACUCUUGUAACACUGCGAAUAUUGUGCGUAGUCUUUUUUCUAGACAAACUCAAAUUCAUUCUAGCUAAAGCUUUUCAUAUUUUAACUGUAAUAUCCACUAUUGUUGUGAACAAGGAUUCCUUCAUAUUUACAUAUCAAACAAAAUGUUUUUUUCUUUUUAUUUUCAUACUUCCUAAUCUUAUGUAUUUAACAUGUAACUAAAUAUACUUCUACAUUUUAA